GGCCGGCGCAGGGCGGGGGGCGGGGGGAUUUCCAGCCGCGGCUCCUCGCAGUUUCCUCUCCUUGUUUUGCUUUCGAUCUGGGCUGUUCUCAGGCGAGCCGGGGAGUAACUUUUAGUUUUGCUCCUGCGAUUAUUCAACGGACGGGGCUUUCGUUUCCAUUUCGCACGCCCUUAGCAACAACCCCGAUCCAGCCCCGCGGAAUCGCACGGGCGGCGCGGAAAGGCACCCCGAGAGACGGGCACCAUGCCGGUGGAGAGGAUGCGCAUGCGCCCGUGGCUGGAGGAACAGAUCAACUCGAACACGAUACCAGGGCUGAAGUGGCUGAACAAGGAAAAGAAGAUCUUCCAGAUCCCCUGGAUGCACGCAGCGAGACACGGCUGGGACGUGGAGAAGGACGCGCCCCUCUUCAGGAACUGGGCGAUCCACACAGGAAAGCAUCAACCCGGAGUUGAUAAGCCCGAUCCGAAGACAUGGAAGGCGAAUUUUCGAUGUGCCAUGAACUCCUUGCCUGACAUCGAAGAAGUCAAGGAUAAAAGUAUAAAGAAAGGAAACAACGCCUUCAGAGUCUACCGGAUGUUGCCCUUAUCCGAGAGGCCUUCUAAGAAAGGAAAGAAACCAAAGACAGAAAAGGAAGACAGAGUCAAGCACAUCAAGCAAGAACCGGUUGAGUCAUCCCUGGGGCUCAGUAACGGAGUAAGUGACCUUUCUUCCGAGUACUCGGUCCUGGCCUCGGCUAUAAAAAACGAAGUGGAUAGUACGGUGAACAUCAUAGUCGUAGGACAGUCGCAUCUGGACAGCAACAUCGAGGACCAAGAGAUUGUCACCAACCCGCCGGACAUCUGCCAGGUGGUGGAGGUGACCACCGAGAGCGACGAGCAGCCGGUCAGCAUGAGUGAGCUGUACCCUCUGCAGAUCUCCCCCGUGUCUUCCUACGCAGAAAGCGAAACCACCGACAGUGUGCCCAGCGACGAGGAGAGCGCCGAGGGCCGGCCCCCCUGGCGGAAGCGGAACAUCGAGGGCAAGCAGUACCUCAGCAACAUGGGCACACGGAGCACCUACCUGCUGCCCAGCAUGGCCACCUUCGUGACCUCCAACAAGCCCGACCUGCAGGUCACCAUCAAGGAGGAGAACUACCCGAUGCCCUUCAGCAGCUCCUGGCCCCCGUACCCCGACCACCCGCUCGCCGCCUCCGUGAGCCCCGCGCCCGCCGGCGGCCGGCCGGACCGCGAGGCCCGGGCCAGCGUCAUCAAGAAGACGUCGGACAUCGCCCGCGUCAAGAGCUGCUAGGCCCGCGGCUGCCCGGCGGCCGGCCCCGGCUCCGUGCUGUGUGUCUGUGUUGCGUGUUCCUCUCGGACGCCCGUUCUGUACAAAUCCAAGGCACAGAGCCUGGGCCGCGGGACCGGGACAGGGACCGCCGGGUCCGACGGCAGCGGCCCCGGCUUCUCUCUAACUCAGGACGCCAGCCCAGUGGCAGGUGGGCAGGCGGCAGGUGGCAGACGGCGCCUGGAGAGUCUGCUGGGUCCGGGGCCGCCCCCUCCAGCGCCAGGACGGCACAGGACCAACCCCCGGGCGGCCCGGCCACCUCGCCAGCGAGCGAGCGAGCGGGCGGGCGGUCGUCGGAGCGAGCGGAGGAGAAAAUGUGAACGAGCUGGGAGUGGUGAUCCUUGUGAAUAUGUACAUAGGGCAGUUCUAGCGACUCGCCGGCUUCUGCACCUUAUCGUAAAGCACUUACAGACCGACCUUCUUGAGCCCUCGCCCUCCUUCUCCCUCCCCUGCCCCCCACCCGGUUCCUCUCCUCCUCCCUCUCCCUGGACGGGCGGCUGUGGGCCCCGCACCCUGAGGAGGAGGAGAGGAAAGGGCCUUCUCCUCGGAUGUCCCACGUGAAGACUGCUUUGAAGGAGGGAGAGGGAGCAUCUUUCUAAAUCUGCUAUGCUUGAAGGCCACGCGGUACUAAGGAGAACGAUCUCGGAGAUCGGAUGCAAAUUCCCAGAUUUGAAGACAAAAAAAAGAGAGAGAGAGCGAGCGAGCGAUAGAAAGAGAGAAUACUCUAAUUCUAACCAGAGCAAGCUUUUUUAUUUUUUAUACAGGGGAAUAUUUUAUUCAAGGUAUAAGAAAAAAAUUCUAAAUAAAAUAAAAUCGUUUUUUAUCUUUUCUACAGCAAAUUUAUAAUUUUAAGAUUCCUUUUCUUGUUUCUCAGCAAGUUGUUAUGACACCCUUGUGGCACACUGUUUUUUAAUUUUGUAAAGGUGAAAAAGCUUUUAUGAGCUCAUGUAGCAAUCAGAUUAUCCUGUGGAUUGAUAAUAAAUGAAUAUGAUAUAUAGUUAAAUUUUU